AACGAACUAAACAUGUUUUCGAUAAGUCGAUCUCAAACAAAUGGCUUAAGAAGAAGGUCCAUUUAGAAAAUAAAAUAAAAUAUAAUUAACGUUUUCGUAAGCUGUACACGAUCAAGGUAACAAUAUUUGGAGGAACUAUGAAGUCUGUAUUCAAAUUUAUGGUAGUUGUUGUGUUGUUGGCCUUUUGCAGAGGGAAAGAUGACCAAUGUUUACACAGCGGCUGUCCCCUCUCUGCUGGGAUAAAAUCUCCUGAGUUGGAAAAUGCCAUCCAUCGCCAGUUAAAGGGGAAAGAAAUGAAAGAAAACAUUUUAAAAGUGAUGACAUGGAAUAUAAUGAACAAUACGGAUAAUGAUGGAGAGGAUAGUUGGAAGAACAGAAAAGCUGAUGUAUGCAAAUUUAUCACUGAAGUUAGACCAACGGUGCUAGGUCUCCAAGAAGUUACUACAAAUCGGUUACAAUAUUUGGUGAAGUGUUUAGGUGGAUACCAAAUGAUCACUACAAAGAAACGCAACAAAGGUUUAUCACCUAAUCCAAUCUUUGUGAAACGAAACCGAAGAUUUCGAGUAAUGAAUGCGGGUAUAUUUCAGUUACCAACAAAACCCAACAGCACACAAACUCAGUCUUGUUCCUGGAUCAAGCUACGUUUUGCUGAACGUUUAAAAGCACCUGGUCGAGUGAAAGAAAGUUUUCGUGAUAAAAUGUUACGUUUGUUACGACAAUCAACAAACAACGCUAAACAACGAAAUCGUCACAUCCCAAAACGCCGCCGAUUUUACGUGGAAUAUCGUUGGAAGGAUAUAUUUAUAGCAAACACACAGUUAGAUGCAAACCAAACUGGUGUAGCAGAAAACCAAAUUGUACACGUGAUGAAACAUAUGAGACAAAAUAAAAUGCAAAGACGUGCUUAUCCUGUUAUUAUUAUGGGCGACUUUGGGCACGAGCAGCAAACCGAACUACAUCAAGCAAUCAAAGAAAGAAAAUGGAUAAAAAACACAAUGAUUACGUCACGAAAGGCACUUCCUGCGUUGACUAAGAUUAACUUAAAAACGCUAAAAGAAGAAAGGUUAAUUGAUUUCAUUGGUUCAAGAAAGUUAACAGCCUUGCUUUCAGCUGUCUUGAUGGAUGCUAGACCUAAUGGUCGGCCUUUUUCGGACCAUAGGCCAGUUUUGACUGCCUACGUGAUUUGACAGAUUACAUAUCGUACAUGUUAUGUGUAACAGUCGCUUUUUGAGUAGCAAAAUAUAAGCUAUUUUUAUUGACAAUUUUUCUACAUAUUAUGUGUCAUGAAAGAAUUUUCAGCUGUCUCUGCAUUUGAA